AUGAAGAUCAUCUGGACUUUCACUCUGCUGAUGAUUCCUGGUGCCGUGAGCUCCAUCAGUGUGGGAGGAUAUUCAGGAGGAGUCAUCAUCACAUGCAAAUAUGAUAGAGAAUAUACAGUGAAUGCAAAGUAUUUUUGUAGAGGACAGUGGUCAGAGUGCACAGACCGAAUCAGGACCAAUAUUAAAAACAAAUGGGUUGAUUCUGGAAGAUUCUCUCUGUUUGACGACACAACAGCAGCAGUUUUCACUGUGACCUUCAGAGAUCUGAGUGAACGGGAUUCUGGGACGUACCAGUGUGGAGUUGAUAUCUCUGGAAUAAAAGAUUCUCACACUGAAGUGAAUCUGAACGUUGUAACAGAUUCCUACUACACUGAAGUGAAUGUGAACGUUAUAAGAAGAUAUUCUGGAGGAAACGUCAUUAUAAACUAUAAAUAUGAGAUGAAUCAUGAGAACCAUGAGAAAUACUUCUGUAAAACUGGAUCAUAUCAAUGUAUAACUCUAAUAAACACUGACAAAGCAGCAGAAUGGAAACAUGUCGGCCGAUUCUCCGUUCAUGAUGACAGAUCUGCACGUCUCUUACGUGUGUUUAUCAGAGAGCUGAAUGUGGACGAUUCUGGAGAAUAUAAGAUUAUAGUCAAAGUUUCUGAAGACUACAGUCUCUUCUCUGAGUUUAAGCUGGACGUUAAGAAGGGUGAGCUGCUUUCAUUUGUUUCUGUGGUGAAUUGA